AUGACUUCUCUUACGGGGAAUAAAGAGAGGUCUGGGACCAGAAGCCGAAAAUAUGGGAUGACGGAUUCCUCUCCUACUAAAUCGGCCUCUUUCUCCCCGGAGACUUGGUACCGCAAGGCGUAUGAGGAGUCUCGGACGGGCAACCGACUACCCCCCGAGGGUGCCGGGUCCAUGCCCGGGUCCUCUGGAACACCGUCACCUGGAUCGUGCACAUCAUCCCCCGGUUCAUUUUCGGGCUCUCCUGGCACCACAUCUCCAGGGAUUGGCACGGGCUCCCCUGGUUCUCUCGGUGGAUCACCUGGAUUCGGCACCGGAUCCCCUGGCUCAGGAAGUGGGAGCUCACCUAGUUCUGAUCGGGGAAUAUGGUGCGAAAACUGCAACGCUCGGCUGGUGGAGCUGAAGAGACAGGCACUGAAACUGCUCAUCCCCGGUCCCUACUCCAGCAAGGAUCCUUCCUUCUCCCUCCUGCUUCACGACAAGCUCCAAGUACCCAACAGCACUCGGAAGGCCUGGAAUGAGAGGGACAGCCGCUGUGAUGUGUGCGCCACUCAUCUGAACCAGCUGAAACAGGAGGCGGUGCACAUGGUCCUCACGCUGGAGCAGUGUGACAUGUCCCCCGGCUCGCCUCCAUCCCUGGCCAGCCUGGUGGGCUCCCGCGGCGUUGUCCAGGGCCCAACGCGAGACUGGUCUCAUCCGCCCGCCUCCUGCCACUCCUCAGGCUCCUCCACCAGCGCCUACCACCCUGGCUAUCCCAAACACGGGCCUAAGCCCAACAGCCUGGGUGUGAACGGUGGCUCGGAGAAGAAGAAUGGUUCUCCCAGCCAUGCAGGAAAGCCAAGUGCCCAAGCCCAGCCUCACCUGCCUGGCAGCCCCAACAACGGAAACAGCACCAUCCUGAGCUCCGUGGCUCUGCAGGCACACCAGUACUUGGAGGGCAACUGGUCCAUGCCCCGCGCCAAUGGGGUCACACUUUACCCCUAUCAGAUAUCCCAGAUGGCGUCGGAGAGCAACAGAGAGGGGUUGACCGAAGCCGCGCUAAACCGCUACAACUCAGACCGACCUACGCCCUACAGCAGCCCUGCUCCGUCUUCAGCACCACCGGUCACCUCCGCACCCUCCAGUGGCACCUCUGCUGCCGCCUCGUUCUUUGCCAGGGCUGCCCAGAAGCUGAAUCUCUCCUCCAAGAAGAAGAAGCAGCGCCCAGCGCCGUCUGUGGCGAGCGAUCCGCCCCUGUUCCCAACCAACUUCAGCGGAAUCCUUCAAACAUCUCCCCCCCCAGCCCCACCCUGCCUGCUCCGUGCGGUCAACAAGGUCAAAGACAACCCCGGCCUGGGCAAGGUGAAAGUGAUGCUCCGUGUCUGUCCCGUGACAUCUACGGACACGGCGGAGUCCAGCUCUUUCUUAAAGGUUGACCCACGCAAAAAGCAAGUCACCAUCAUGGAUCCAGCAGCCAACACUCAGCAAAACCCCAGCCAAAAACGUGGAGGCUCCAACCAAGUUCCUCCCAAAAUGUUUGCCUUUGAUGCAGCCUUUUCCCAUGAUGCAUCACAGGCGGAGGUGUGCGCAGGGACGGUUGCUGAAGUUAUUCAGUCUGUGGUCAACGGGGCGGAUGGCUGCGUUUUCUGUUUUGGGCAUUCAAAGCUUGGGAAGUCCUACACCAUGAUCGGGAAGGAUGACUCCAUGCAGAACCUGGGUAUCAUCCCCUGUGCAAUCUCUUGGCUUUUCAAGCUCAUUAACGAACGCAAGGAGAAAACUGGGGCGCGUUUUUCGGUGCGCGUGUCGGCUGUGGAGGUCUGGGGCAAAGACGAGAACCUGAAAGACCUGCUCUCUGAAGUGGCCACAGGAAGUCUGCAGGAUGGCCAAUCUCCAGGGGUCUUCCUCUGUGAAGACCCCAUCUGCGGAAUGCAGCUGCAGAACCAGAGCGAGUUGCGUGCCCCCACGGCGGAGAAAGCUGCCUUCUACCUGGACGCAGCGUUGGCCUCACGCUACAGCAGCAAGCCUGACUACGAUGAGGAAGAACAUCGCAACUCUCACAUGCUCUUCACCCUACACAUCUACCAGUAUCGCAUGGAGAAGACCAGCAAGGGAGGCAUGUCUGGAGGCAGGAGUCGACUUCACCUCAUUGAUCUGGGAAGUUGUGUGAAGGUUCUGAGCAAAACUAGAGACAGCGCCGGUGGACUCUGCCUUUCGCUGUCCGCCCUGGGAAAUGUCAUCUUAGCUCUGGUCAACGGCAGCAAACACAUCCCUUACAAGGACAGCAAGCUAACCAUGCUUUUACGAGAAUCCCUGGGCAACAUGAAUUGCCGCACCACCAUGAUAGCGCACAUCUCUUCAUCACCCAGUAACUUCUCAGAGACGCUUUCGACCAUUCAGAUUGCCUCCCGCGUUCUAAGGAUGAAAAAGAAAAAGACAAAAGGCACUUAUACCUCCAGUUCCUCUGGAGGAGAGAGCUCAUGUGAAGAGGGGAGAAUGCGCCGCCCAACCCAGCUGAGAACCAUCCAUUCUCGGAACGUCGUUGACCCUGAGAUGCCCUUGCUACACCUCUCUAGUGACCCUGAUGACUACUCCAGCAGUGAGCAGUCUUGCGACACUGUCAUCUACGUGGGUCCAAAUGGUUCUGCUCUGUCAGACAAAGAGCUAACGGACAAUGAGGGUCCACCAGAGUUUGUGCCCAUCAUUCCAUCCCUGCAUAAGAACAAAGCAGAUCAAGACAAGACUCCUCUGGAAGGUGCAGAGUCUGGCAAACAAGAGAAGGACUGUCUCAAAUGUAACACCUUUGCUGAGCUGCAGGAGAGGCUCGAAUGCAUUGAUGGAAGUGAGGAGAUCACCAAGUUUCCCUUUGAAGAAGUUCCUGCCAGUAGAGUUGCCAAAUUUGAGCCGCUUCCAGCACAGGGUCAGGAUAUUAAAAGAAGCCUGCAGUUUGGCUCUCCCAAAAGAAUCUCCAAUGACCAGCAGCUGGAAGAGAUCAGGGAGGUUGUCGAAGAGGCAGAAAUUGCACAGUCAAUCAUUGAAAGCUUGACACAGACCUCACUGAGCAGUUGUUCUCUUUCCACCAGUAGGAGUGUGACUGGUGGCAGUGGUGCUGGUCAACUUCAUGCCCUUCAAAGGGCAAAGAGCUUGCAUGACAGCAGGGAAUCCAUCAGUGGUGGAAGUAUCAGUGACAGCAAACCUCGUCCAAUGGGCUCUCCAAGGCUGGGCAUUGCGAGCUUGACCAAAACCUCUGAAUAUAAACCACCAUCCUCUCCAUCCCAGCGCUGCAAAGUAUACACACAGAAAGGGGUAAUGCCUGGCACACCUCCUCAAUCCUCUCAGAACUUAAACAAGGAUUCUGGCAAGUCCUCCACUGAGUCUUUGCUUCAGGCUGAGUCUAGAACUUCUCCUGUGGGAAUGAGCCCUCAGGUGUUAAAACGCUCUUCAUCCACCAAUAGCCUGGGCUCUGCAGAGACACUGUGUGAUGAUGUGCCUCAGCUGCCUUUGGACAAGAAGGAUAUGAAGAACACUACUGCCACAGUGACUCUGCAACAACCUUUGGAACCAAACGGGGAGGACGAACUGGUGUUCACCAUGGUGGAGGAGCUAACAAUUAGCGGUGUCAUGGAGAAUGGGAGGCCCACCAGCAUCAUUAGCUUUAACAGUGACUGCUCAGUUCAGGCCUUGGCCUCCGGCUCACGCCCCGUUAGCAUCAUUAGCAGCAUUAGCGAGGACCUGGACUGCUAUACCAGUGCCACCUCCAUCACUACAGCUACCAUCUCUGAGGUCAACAUCACCAAAUUUCUGCCCUUUGGCAAGGCUGAGGGUGAGGCACUUCCACACGUAAGUCGACGUUCCUCGAUCAGCUCCUGGCUUAGUGAAGUGAGCACUGGGAGCGAGGGUGAGCAGUCCUGUCAUAGUUUUGUUGCACAGCAGUGCUUUGGUCAAGGAGAGGCACUAGUUGAGGCCCAGCUUAAAGAGGUGUUAGAGGAAGGGGAGAGUGAAGAGCCUUCAAGCAUGAGUGGGAGGAAGACUCCAGAUAGCGAGAGAGCUCUGGCUAAAACAGAGAACAUAAAUGGGAAGAGCACACCUACUAAGGAGAAAAUUGUAAAGAUGUCUCCAACUAUAGGGAAGAACACAAUUACCAUCUCCAAUAUACAAACACUGUCAUCCUCAGUUGGCUUUGUUCCUUUUAAAACUAGCAUUUCAGUUCAUCCUUGUGUUGCUGUCAAGCCAAUGGUAAUGCAGGACUUACCUGCUGUAUCAUCACCCAUUCAUAACCCAUCACUAAAAGAUAACAAAUCUCCACCCAUUCCCAUAUCAAGUGAGAUCAAUUUCGAUGACCCUUGGAUGAAAAGAGACAGUGAGGAAACCAAGCCUAAGGAGCUGGUCAGUGAAACGAAGCCUGAAAAAAAGGUGUCUGAUUCAGUGAAGAGCAAAUUUGUGGUGGACAGGCAUAGCUCGAGCAGUGGUGAGGCUGCUUGCUCCCCUGACUUGAUUAAGAGGGUGGUGGAUGGCUGUGAGAUGGUCCUGAAUGCUUCUGAGAGCAUCACUCCUAUUUACACAGCAGACAUCCUCAGGACAGGCAGCCUCCCAAGAGCAUGGCAUCGCCUUAACAGGCAGGAUGACCUUGAUGAUGCCUCACUUCGUUACACAAGUGGAGAGUACAAAAACCUCGGUGUCACAACCUCCACUCCCUGCAGCCCCAGAGCAACCCUGGAGAGGAGAGGGUCAUCUGGAAGACAGGGUCUCUUUGCUCGCCAGAAGGGAAUUCCACCACUGCCACCAGUACGGAAGUCCAGCUUAGAUCAGAGAAACAGAGCCAGUCCACAGCACAGCCAAACAUUAAACCAGCAUUUGUCUUUCCUGGGAAGCAACCCCGAUGACCUGGGCGGCAAUGGGAAACAGAGAGGACCCAGUGUGGAGAGUAGCCGUCUCUUCAGUGCCAAACUCGAGCAAUUAGCCAAUCGGACCAAUUCUCUGGGGAGAUCCCAUGGAGGUCAUUAUGACUGUCAUUCCCUGGAAAGGGCAGAGAGCCUGACCUCAGUGGGGUCUAAAGGAGGUGUGGUCAGAGACAGCACUAUGCCUCGGACUGGCAGGAGUCUCACUCGUGGUUCUGUGUCGUCACCCACCAAUGGACCAAAUGGCAACAACAACAACAUACCACAAUCACCCAAAUCUAACCAAUCCAAAAUCUCUGCAGUCAGCAAACUCCUCAUGGCCAGCCCCAAAGCCCGCAGCCUAUCAACCUCCAGCACCAAGACCCUGAGCUUCUCCACCAAAUCCCUCCCACAGUCAGUGAACAGGAGUUCUAGCCUCCCACCGAAUGGGAAGAGCCAGAACCAAAGCUCCUGGUCGUCUCAGUCCCUUAGCCGCAGCAGGGGUUCGGGUCUGGCUUCCAAACUGCCACUGAGGGCUGUGAAUGGACGGAUAUCUGAACUACUCCAGGGUAGUGGUGGCUCCCGCACUGGCCAUGGACGUGGAGCUUCUGACACGGAGGAAAGGGGAGCAGCUGCUCAGGGAGAGGAGAAACCAGUGGUUCAAACUUUGCCCUCGCCGUACAGUAAGAUCACGGCUCCACGCAAACCCCACCGUUGCAGCAGCGGCCAUGCCAGUGAUAACAGCAGUGUGUUAAGCGGAGAAUUGCCCCCUGCCAUGGGGAAGACUACGUUAUUCUAUCACAGCGGGGGUAGCAGUGGCUAUGAGAGCAUGAUACGAGACAGUGAGGCCACAGGAAGCACUUCCUCAGCCCAAGACUCCAUGAGUGAGAACAGUAGCUCGGUCAGUGGUCGUAGGAGCCUGAAAAACUCAAAGAAAAGAAACAAUACAGGGACUCAGAGACGACGCCUAAUCCCCAACCUCACCCUGGAUACAUCAUCCCCAGUGAGGAAACCCAUCAUCAGCCCUGGAGUACGCUGGGUGGAUGGUCCACUCCGACCUACCCAAAGAGGAUUGGCUGAGCCUUUCGAGAUAAAGGUCUAUGAGAUUGAUGACGUUGAACGUCUACAGAGGAGGAGGAUUGCGGGUAAUAAGGAAGUGGUGUACUUCAGUGCCAAACUGAAGAUCUUGGAGCAUCGACAGCAGAGGAUUUCAGAGGUGCGGGCCAAGUACGAUUGGCUGAAAAAGGAAUUGGAGCAGACCAAACAGUAUCUAAUGCUGGAGCCAGAGAAAUGGACCAGUGAAUUUGACCUUAAACAGACUUUUGAGGUGGACUCUCUGGAGUAUCUGGAGGCUCUGGAGUUUGUCACUGAAAGACUGGAGAACCGCGUCAACUUCUGCAAAGCCCAUCUGAUGAUGAUCACAUGCUUCGACAUAACCUGCCGGCGACGGUAG